UGGUUAGGACACGUCUACAUUCUGCAUAUAAACAACUCGGCAGGCUAAAAGUGAAACUAUUGCUAUACAAUUGUAACACCAUACCAGUCUAGCAUAUUACCACUUCACAAACAUUGAAUAUACUUCAUUCGAAAUAGUGAACAUCAUAACCAUGGAGACACUGAACGAAAUAGAUCACCUCCAAUCGUCUGGCUUUGGUAGACCCCGGCCCAGACACGGCCUUCAACUCCUUCACUGGUUCUCCAACGACUAUGUCACAUUCAACAACGACAGCGAGAUGGUGACAGUGCGCAACCCUAAGAAGAAGGCGUUUGGCUUCCACCGCUUCUUCGACAACAUAGAGGAGCAUGAUGGCCAAUCUAACCAACUGCUACCAGAACAGGAAUUACCAUACUACGAAGUGGGUAAUCUGAAUGAUGCAAGGUCUGAGAACCUACCGCAUGAUGUCCGCAAAAACUACACAAGACACAAUAACGACAGCAACAUAGAUCGUAUCAUUAUCAGCCUCCAGUCAGACCGUGUGUUGGACAGAAUCUACGUGACCCAACAUGAUCAUCACAGAGGUGCUUUUGACCCCCAGCGCACCUAUCGCAUCAGUAAGGGGUUGAUCAGUAUCAUCCGUAAUCUGGACCUGGAUGAUCUCCUGGAGCAGACUGGAUACUCACUUCCUUGUCCUUCCUCCAUGGACACACUUAACGAAAUGAGACACCUCCAGUCAUCUGGCUUUGGUACACCUCGACCUAGACACGGCCUCCAUCUCCUUCACUGGUUCGCCCACAACUACGUCAAAUUCAACAAAAUGGGUGAAAUGUUGACAGUGAGCAACCCUGAGAAUAAGGUGUUUGGCUUCCACCGCUUCCUCGACAAAAUAGAGGAGCAUGAUGGCCAAUGUAACCAACUGCUACCAGACCAGGGCUUACCAUACUAUGAAGUGGGAAAUCUCAAUGCCCCUGGGUCUAGGAACAUACCGCGUUAUGUCCGCAAAAACUACACAGGACACAAGGACGACAGCAACAUCGACCGGAUCAUUAUCAGCAUGCAGUCAGACCGUGUGUUGGGCAGAAUCUACGUGACCCAACAUGAUCAUCACAGAGAUGCUUUUGACCCCCAGCACACCUAUCGCAUCAGUAAGGGGUUGAUCAGUAUCAUCCGUAAUCUGGAGCUGGAUGAGCUUCUGGAGCAGGCUGGAUAGUCUUAAGACGUUUCCCAACUGGCCAUUGCGCAUUUCGACAGAGGCAUCGUACACAUAAUUAUUCUUUAACCUCAUUUCUGAUGGUCAAAUCCAAGAUCUCUAACCGAAUGAUUUAUUUUCUUACAAAUGUAUACUAGGCAUGGGUAUGACACUGUGUCUUUGAUAUUCCCCAUACAUGAUGUAUUGUAGGAAAUUGUGAAUGUUUUUAUUUAGAUAAAGGGCCUUGUUUUCAGAUGUUUCACAUCCUGCCACGGUUUUUUGUUAUUUUUCCCCAACCAUUUCACCUGUGUGGUGGAAUUGCUACCUUUAACUAAUAAUGAGGAGAGGCAAAGUCAACAAUCAAUCAAGGUAUUACUUUUAUUAAAAACGUAUUAUAAUCAGGAGGCUGGUCACACCACCCACGAAAGUGAAAUGGAGUGGGAGCCUCCAGUACAAAGAGUACAGGAACAUUUAUAUAGUCAAACUACCCCAAGCAAGCAUCUGCAAAACACGUGAUCCUAUGUAUGUGUUUGUGUGUGUGAGGGGAGGAAACCGGGUGAAAAAGUUGCCUCAGUCUUUUGCAACUGAGAGAGGACAACAGGAGCCAGAAUGACAGGGAGUCACUCCAGAUAUACUUCCUCUAUGUAUGGUCGUACUGGCCACACACACAGAACACACACACACACACACACACACACACACACACACACACACACACACACACACACACACACACACACACACAAAACAUGAAUAUUUCGCCCAGAAACAUGCCCUUGUUGCAGUAAUCUCCCUGUACACCAAGUCAGAACCGUAGGAUAAAUAAAGACAGCUUAUAAGCAGACAAUGAAAGCUCUUACAAUAUUUUAUGAUGACAUUUUUCAAAAACAGGCUAUAGGCUACGUGUGCACCACCAAGUCAGAACAGUAGGCUAAAUUAUGAACAGCUUACUACACAACAUACACUUCGUAUUACUUUCUUAGCUGCAGGAUACAUAUCUCCCUGUCAUAUUACAUAAUUUAUGCAGCAGCAUACAAUACAUUUUUUGACUCACCCUGUUCUACUGUGAUCACUGGAAAAGGAAGGUCCCCAAGUUCCCGACUUGGAAUUCCGAGUUUAAUGACCGUUCAAAACGUAUUUUCCCAGUUGUCUUAAACUCACUGAAGUCUGACAUUUCCCAGUUCUGAAUUUCCUGUUGUUUGAUUGCGGCAGACGUCAUGCUGGACAGCAUGGCUCAUGUUGAAUGUUCUUUCUUUUAAGCUUGGAAAAGAAACCCUUAAAUAUCCAAUGGUCGAUGAGCACCGAUAAGUUUUAUCUAUAAUGUCUCUUCAUAACUUCUUUUCAUAUGACAAGGAUUGAAAAGGAUUUUCAAGUCGAUUAUUGACUUGAUUCAUGAUGAUGACUGCUAGCUUGCUACUAAGAUCUUGAAAGUAUGAUGUUGUCAUGAUCAGUCCAAUCAAAGCUAUGGUAGAGAUAACAUGAUUUGACGUCAUUUUAUCUGUGGCCCAUGACUUUGAGCCUUCUUGGAUGGGCACCUAUAAUGUAACUCUAUGGAAGCAUCGAAGGGGCUUAAAUUUUCAAGCUCUCCCCGUAGACUUUGCUGUGAUGUGUUGUCCCCAUGAGUGACAGAACACUGAGCCAAUCACGGGGCAACUAGAGAACAUUACCAACCCCUACACUUCGUAUUUUCUGCUGGCUGCCCCACCACCACAGACUGCACUGAGCUAGGCUGAAACUCCUGCAUUUUGGAGCAGCCUUACUCAAGAAAGCAAAAAAAAGAGACCAUUUUUGUAUGCAGAUUUAUUAACAAUUUAUUGUAUUUACAUUGUUUGCAAACUGAUAUGUGACACGUAUCAAUGCCAAAACAACAUGCAAAACAGCACAUGCAUGCUAAACAGGUGGGUCUCAAAACAGGUGGUUCUCUGCACCACCUGCCCUGAAUGACGGGUUGCCACUGUGUGCUGCAUUCAAACAAUUAGCAAGUCAGAAAUGUCUGAGUUUCCUAGUUCCGACAAGCAUGUGAACACGGCAUAAGUGUGUGUGUGUGUGUGUGGAGGGAUACAUGUUUCUAAUAAAAUAAUAGAUUAGUUAA